CCCUUUCUUUCUAAUUUCUCUUUGUGAUUUUUCAUUUUCCCCAAUUUGGUGCACACUUUCCCAUUUCAUUCAUAUUUUUCAAAUCCAUUUCCAUCGUCGUGGAGCCCUCGCACCGUGAAGGCCUCUCGCCGUCCAGCCCUCUCGCAGUCGAACCUUCUUGCAGUCUAGUCUUCUCACAGUCCAGUCCUGGCACUGUCGAGCCUUCACGCUAGCGAGUCCUAGCUCUAUCGAGAUCUAGUUUUGUCGACCCAUCGCGUUUUGUGUGUAGCAGGUUGUUGAAAACAUGGCCAAGCAUCAUCCUGAUUUGAUUAUGUGUCGAAAGCAGCCAGGGAUUGCCAUUGGGCGACUGUGUGAGAAAUGUGAUGGCAAGUGUGUGAUCUGUGAUUCUUACGUGCGUCCUUGUACACUUGUCCGCGUUUGUGAUGAAUGCAACUACGGGUCGUUUCAGGGUCGAUGUGUCAUAUGCGGAGGAGUAGGAAUAUCUGAUGCCUACUACUGCAAGGAAUGCACGCAACAGGAGAAAGAUAGAGAUGGUUGCCCCAAAAUUGUUAAUUUAGGGAGUGCCAAAACUGAUUUAUUUUAUGAACGCAAAAAGUAUGGUUUUAAGAAAAGAUGAUGAGGGUAGUUUACUGAGAUGCUUGUAUCUCUUAAAACUUUUUGUACGUGUCUUGUUCGGAUAGAAGAAUUAUAGGAUGUGACCUUGAGUUUGUAAACUUUUAUAUGUUAAAAUGCUUGUUUAGAUUGCUGCUGAUAAAA